AGCGGAACGGGCGGCGACGCGGGAAGGAAGGCGCUGAGACCGAGGGCUGCGCAGGGGCGGCGAGAGAGACAGGUGUCUGGGAUGGAAGAUUUAUCGGGACGUUAUGACUUUUACAUUGGUCUGGGCCUGGCCCUCAGCUCCAGCCUGUUCAUUGGAGGGAGUUUCAUCCUAAAGAAGAAAGGGCUUCUCAGGCUGAAUGGCAAGGGCUCUGUCCGAGCAGGUCUUGGAGGUCAUGCAUACCUGCGAGAAUGGCUGUGGUGGGCAGGGCUGUUGUCCAUGGGAAUUGGAGAAGCUGCCAAUUUUGCUGCAUACGCUUUUGCCCCGGCCACGCUGGUAACGCCUCUGGGAGCACUAAGUGUUUUAGUCAGUGCAGUUUUAGCCUCCUACUUCCUGAAUGAGCGGCUAAACAUCCAUGGCAAGAUCGGCUGUAUUCUGUGUGUUUUGGGCUCUACAGUCAUGGUGAUCCAUGCCCCGCAAGAAGAAGAGGUCUCCAGUCUGGAGUCAAUGGCAGAGAAACUGAAAGAUCCAGGAUUCAUUGUGUUUGCUGUGUGCGUGCUAGUGAGCUCUGUUCUCCUCAUCUUCGUGGCCGGGCCUCGCUACGGACAGAGCAACAUCUUAGUGUACGUUCUGGUCUGUUCUGCCAUCGGUUCGCUCUCCGUUUCAUCCGUCAAAGGCUUGGGCAUUGCCAUUAAAGAGCUGUUCGCGGGGAAGCCCGUUUGGAAAGAGCCGUUGGGCUGGAUCCUCUUGGUGUGCCUCGUGAUCUGCAUCAGCAUCCAGAUCAACUACCUGAACAAGGCCUUGGACAUCUUCAACACCUCGGUGGUGACCCCCAUCUACUACGUUCUCUUCACCACUGCCGUUAUGACCUGUUCGGCCAUCCUUUUCAAGGAGUGGCAGCACAUGGUUCUGAUGAACAUCAUCGGCACCAUCAGCGGCUUCCUUACCAUAGUGUUUGGCAUCUUUCUGCUGCAUGCUUUUAGAGACGUCCCUUUCACCGCAGACCUGCUCCCUCUGUUCCUGAGGCACGGCCAAACAGACGUGCGGGCAGCUCCUUGGAGAAAGGGGGACAAGAACUCGUCCUGCCUUCACCAGCCCCUUUUGGAAUCAGAGGACAUACUCAAAGAGGGGGCAGAAAAAGCAGAGGCGGAAGGAGACCAGUGUUUCUGAAAACGAAUGGACUGUUGGUUCAGAUGACAAACCAGCCUUGGUGCUCUUCCAAAGAACUUGAACGCUGCUGCUGCUGCUGCUUUUGAGCAGACCACUUGAAUCAUUCGUGGUAACCCUGAAGUACUUGAGAAGACUUUCCUUAUUUACAAACUCUUUAACCGGUAACUCACUUGAACCAAAUAAGAGAUAGUUAGUGGAAACUAGGGCUGACAGAUCUCAUCUCAUCCGCCGUCUCAUCAGUAUUGUCAGUUAUCUCCCUUCCCUCUGGGCUUCCUUAAUUAGCUUGGAGGAAAUUGGAAAAAGUCAGACAGAUCAGGAGCCAAAGAACUACACAACUUUUCCUCUGUACCCGAGUGGGUUUUUGAGGAAUUCUUGCAGUCCACCCUCCUGCAUGGUGAAAACAGCUUUUAGGGCAGCAUAUAGUUCAGAAAACACUGUAAGACUUGUGUACUCCUCCAAAGGUGGGGAAGAAAGGCCAGCACUCUUAUAAGGUGCCCCCAAGCCUUUGGGCACACCUAAAGAAUCUUUGAGAGGGUUCCUAGUCAGAGGCAGGAGUGAACGAAAAAAUGCGUUCGUCUUCCUUUCACUCUUGGUUCUGAUUCCUGGCCAUUUCAGCAUCUUAAGACAGACAGAAUGAAUCUCACAUGACCAAGGGGAACUUGCACAUGGGCAUUGAAAGGAAAAUGCCAGAGAGGAGGGAUUCUCUGCAUUUCUUCUCUGGGUCGUUUUAGGGAAAAGAGGUGAAGACACAGGGAGAGGAGGAACAGCAGGGGAAUGGCCCUACCAGAUACUGGACCACUGAUAAACUUAGGUGCUAAGCCAGGGCCUUAACUCUCAUACAGAGGAAUGAUCCCCGACCCUUUGCGUACAUGUGCUUUUGAAAAACAACACAAGGCUGCUUCGUCAAAAUCAGUGUGACUUUCAUUCAUAUAAGCAUGUUUUAAGCCCACGAGCAAGACUGUCUUAUGAGAGCCCAGCUGUUGCUCUGGGUACACGUGUCUAAUCUUGCCAAUAAUAGUGUCUUACCACUUUCUGAAUGUAAAGACAAUGCAUUGUGGGUGGCCUUAAGCAUUAACGUUUAACAUUUGAAGUGUUAACAGUUUACAAAAGAUUUAAAAUGAAUGUGUUGCUUUUUUUGUGCAGCACCUACAGUUGUAACACACGUUGCAAACGUAAUAUAUAUGGCUUUUUUAAAAAAAAAAAUCAAAUCAGACUAUGUAGCAUUUUAGUUCAAAGUCACUCGUGUCUUUUGCUGCCUGUAAAGUACCAGUUUGGCUC